AUGCUGAGAGAGAUCGAGAAACGCCGCGGAGGGACCACCGCGUCCCCUGGAGCGCCGGCGUGCCUAGGCGCGCCAUGUGCAGUCGCAGGGAAUCAGGCUGCGCGCGCGCAGGCUCGGGGAGACGCCUUGAAGCCCCGAGACGGUGGUGCAAGAGGCGGAGAAACAAGCGUAGAAAGCGAGAGCCGGAGCGGGAUGCGUGAGCGUAGACCGGAGCGCAGGACGGAGGCUAGCGUCCGUGGAGAGACUAUGGCGAGCUCUAAAGGGGUGGUAGGGUUGGAGGUUGGGCAUGGGGCGGGGUUCGGCAGGCGCGUCCAGCGAUCUCACGGUCUCCCUCCUGCUCCCCUCACCUCUAGCGUGUGGACUUCGUGUCCAGCCUCAUCUCAGCGGUGCCCAUGCGGGUGUGACGCGCCCGCGCAUGCACCGCGCUCCCCUGCGUUGUCUUCCAGCUCGUUUUCUUCCGCUUCUGCUGUCGGCUCGUCUUCGGGCUUCGCUGCUUCCGGCACGUGUCUUGCUUCGUCUGCGUCGGACUGCCCCGCUGAGCCGCCUGCCCAAGACUCUGAGCCUUGUACUGCAUCGUCCCGCUCUUCGUCCGCCUCCUCUGCCUCUGCCUCUGCCUCUCCUCGAUUUCAUUCUUUCCCUUUGUCUUCGUCCUCUGUUUCGUUUGUUCUCCACACGGGCGGACUGUCCGCGCGUGCUGCGCACUUCCAGGAGUGUGCCGUUCAUGGCGCUCCUGUCUUCGACGGCAAUUCCGCUGCGUUGCUCCGCAGCCGAGACGAGAACGCCUUGCUGUCGCAGUCCCCGCCGCCAUCCUCGGCGUCGGCGCCUCCAGGGGCUCCAGCCCGGCCGUCCUCCGCGGGUGAGACAGACCCGGCGACCAGCGUCUCUCAGCCGCCCGCCCCUGGCGGCGGUUCGCAGGCGAAGUGGCAGUUUGCGCGGGUUAAAACCGUCUCCUUCGCGAACCUAAGCGAGUGCGGCAGCUCCCACGGCUCCCCGACGACGACGUCGACGGGCACACCGACCGCGGCGGCGCCCCGGCGGAGGCGCCUUCCUCCUCGGUCUUCUGGCGGCGCCAUUCGCGCUGUGCCACGUCGCCCGCUGUGGCUCAGGCCGGCUCGGGCGGGCGCGCAGGCGGCUCGGGCGCAGGGCCCUUCUCUGCGUCGACCGCCCGCGACGAGCGCCGCAGCCGCCGGCGCGACUCGGGUGGGCGGCGCUGGCGCGGCGACAAGGGCGCCGGCGGCGGCUCGUGGACGAGUCUGUCGCACAGAGCCAGCGAGAGGGGCGGCGGCGGGGGCGGGGGCGGGGGCAGCGGCGGGCGCCUGUCGACGUCCGAGCAGCGCAGCAGCACCGCGUCCUCGCUCCUGGGGCGAGACCCCUCGGUGGUCGGUGGCGAUCGGCGGAGUCGCGGGAGUCGCGGGAGUCGUGUCGUCCCUGCGGGCGGCGGCCGGAGGGUCUUGGGCGCAUUUCCGCGGAACGGCAGUAUCAGCGGGAGGGGGGGCGGGGCCUGCGAGACCAGGCGGGGGCGGACGCACAACGGCGGCGCGGGCGGCGGCCUCGGGGCGACGCUGGGGAAGUGCCAGGCGCGCUGCAACGACGUGA